AUGAACCAUAUAAGUCGUAAUUUAUUAACUUUAGAAUCGACUGAAAUCGACCUCAACGUUUUUUUCCUCCUCUGGGCGACCACCUUGGUGUUCAUCAUGCAAGGAGGGUUCAUGCUCCUCGAAGUCGGCUCGGUCUCCAUCCGAAACACGAAAAACAUCUUGUUCAAAAACGCCUUCGACGUGUGCAUCUCCGCGUGCUGUUUUUAUUUGUGGGGGUACGCGUUCGCGUACGGAGACGACUCGUCGGGAGGGUUCAUUGGAACCACGGAAUUCGCGUUGUCAGACAUGGAGAAAAGGAGGAGCUCGGGGGAGAAUUCGUUCGCCGGGUCGAUAUCGCAAGGCCAUUUGCGAGCGGACGCGGCGUUUUUUUACGCGCACUUUGCGUUUGCGUUGAGUUUUGCCGCGACGGCGGCGACGAUUAUGAGCGGAGCUGUCGCGGAGAGGAUGAACUUUAAGGCGUACAUCCCGCUGACGGUGUUGACGGUUUCGUUUAUUUAUCCGAUGGUCGCGCACUGGGUGUGGUCGUCGAAAGGGUGGAUGUCUGCGUUUAAAGUAGAUGCGGGGAGCAGACUGUUCGGGGUUGGGGUUGUGGAUUUCGCGGGGAGCUUAGUCGUCCACGUGGUUGGUGGGACGGCUGCUUUGGUGGCGUGUUGGUACAUCGGGCCGAGAUCGGAACGGUUUGGGAUUGGAGGGAAGAUAAACGAGUUGCCGAUGCAAUCGCCGGUGUUUCAAAUGUUUGGGACAAUUUUAAUGUGGUUCGGGUGGUACGGGUUUAACACCGGAAGUGUUGGAGUUUAUGUCCGAGGCGAUCAAUUUGAAGGCGCUUCGAGGUAUAUCGUGGCGAGAACGGCGGUUUGUACGACGAUUGCGGCGGCGUUUGGCGGGUUGAGCGUCGUCGUGUUCGAUUUGGCGAGAAACAAAAAGCAAAUUUCCCCGCAAAGGAUGAAUAAUGGGAUUUUGACUGGGUUGGUAUCCAUUUCCGGAUCGUGCGCGUUGGUACACCCGGCACUCGCCGUGUUGAUCGGCAUUGUCGCCGGGAUCGUGUAUAGCUUGAGUUCGAGUUUGUUGCUCAGGAGACGAAUCGAUGACGUCGUCGACGCGGUGCCGAUCCAUCUUUUCGGCGGCGUCUGGGGGCUCAUCGCGACCGCGUUGUUCACCAAGGAAAGUUUUUACAAUCUAGUCUAUAACACGCCUGAUUCGCAGAGAGCGUACUGCGGUGCGUUUAUAGGGUGUGGGAAGAACGCCGGGAACGUUUUAGCUGCGGCUUUAGUUGGCCUUCUCGUGGUCACUUCUUUCACCGCGGCGAUGAUUUACGCUUCGAUUGUCUUUUUGGAAAACGUGGUGAAAGUUCCACUCCGAGUGGCGUCCGCCGUCGAAAGUCAAGGGUUAGACCAUUCCACACACUUUGGACGAGCGUACACGGAAUUGCAAACGACGAUUUUUCAAUACACGACGAAAAGCGGCGAGAAGGCGUCUAUGGAGAUGCGCGUGAGAGCCGGCGACGCCGCCAAGUUCGCGUUGGCUUUGAGCGAGGUCAUGGACGCCGAAGCUGGGACGAAAGAAGGUGGGAGUGGGAAGUUUUCUGGAUUAGCGUUGAGUGGUAGCGGUGGAUUGGAUGCCGGGGAAAGCGGCGGAGGGAGGAAAGGGUUCGGGAGCUUACUCGGAAAUCCCGCGCGCACGAUACAAGAGUCUGGUUGA